UUAGAUGGAUAUCAAUGUUUCUGCUGGAUAUGACAUGUUUCAUAAUCAUUAGCAUUCUGGAAAAUAUUUAUAUGGUCGAGGGACACCAAAGGCGGAUGGAUCACGUAAUGACAACACAAACGUCGUAUUACCUUAAAGGUAACCAGAGGAGCAUGGACGUGGACUAUAAUUAUACAAAUUGGGAAGCAGUACCACCUGGUGUCUAUUAUGAUUAUGGUGUGAAAACAACAGAACCAACAACAAUACCAACAACAGAACUGAAUGAGGUAACAAGUAAACCAAACACAGAGACGACAGCAGUCACGACCACGGAGGUGACAUCACCGAGUACACAAACAACAGCUCCAACAGAAACAACAGCUCCAACAGAAACAACACCGGAAAGUAUACGCGAAAUACUAAAGUAUACUGAUACUACUUCUACGACUACUGCUACUGUUACAGAAAUUACAAGUCUCGAGCGGGAUAUAAUGCAAGAACCUUUCCUAGGAACAAACUUCACAUAUCCUGGUUAUUUCCCAUCACUUGAAGACAGUAAUAGUACUGUUUGGGCGAUACCUAUUCUGAUCACUAAUACGCUGCCCCCCGGCGCGACGCUCGAGGACUUGUUACACUGGUUCGCGUCCACCUCCCCCCAAGUGUAUACUACGCUCAUCCCCCCACCACCAACCAUCAACGUGCUAAGCCUCAUGCCGGAAACAGAAGACGACAUCCUUGAUCACUUGGUCCCUCUAACGACGACUACCAAAAAUCCAAUUCUUGUCGAAAUUCAAGACGAAAUCAAUAAAACCGAUGACUACUUCGCGUCAAGUGUCCGCGAACUAAUAAUAGUGCUGUCACAUAAAAAUUCAACCCAAGUCCGUUUACUGCUCAUGGCCACGAACUCCAGGCUCGCAAGCGCAGUCGCCGCGAAUACUUUGGCGAUGUUCAGUAGUCUGAUGAUUGGGGCCUUCCAGGCGAUGCUGCAGAUGCUGAUGUUGGCGACGAACGACGUGCGGCAAGAAUACUUCAACUAUGCCAUAUACGCGUUGGAGAACCGUCACACUGUCUUCGCGAGCGACAUAAACGCUGUCUUCGAUGUCGUAGAGACGAUUUACACAGAGAAGGACGUGGUCGAAAACUCGGAAGUCAUUAAGAAAGUCGAAGCGUAUCCCAACAUCACUGAGGACGCCGACACCUUGGUCGGUGAAGUCAUGGAGGCGUACAUCUUGAAGCCGCACGCGAACAUCAUGGGCACCGCUAAAGAGAGACUGCUCAUGUUGGAACUGCACACAGUCCUCGAGGACAGGCUGUUCCCUGGACACGACCUGGGACGCAGGUUUUAUAAAAGAGGCCAAAAAGAUAAAAAUUCAGCGAUUUUUAGGCCGUGGAUAAAAGCAGUAAAAAACAACGGGAUUUUAAGAAAACUUUCAAAGAGAAUUGAUAGAAUCCAAAAAGCUGCAAAACUUACCAAAUAUAAAAAUGUCCGGAAGCAGAGAGCAAAAAACGUAAUGAAAAUUAAUAGCAAAGAAGUGCGCGGAGAACACAGAAAGAAGGAGAGAAGAUUAGUCAAAGGAGCACAGAAGAGAACCACAAAAACUUCUUCAAACAGUAUGGAGAGUUCACUUCAAUCAAUAUCAAGUACAAGUAGCGAUUCGAGCGACUCUCAAGAUAGCGACAUCGUCAGAUACAAAUUAGAAUCUGCACAUUCUCACGACAAAGACAACUAUCGCACCGACUCCAGAGGAACACCAAGAAAGAUGGUCCAAAACAACAGAGGUAUGAGGUACAAAGCCCAUUCAAAGCAAAUACCAUCAAAACCAAACAGAUAUAAAAAAAUAAUAACGACCGUAAACGAUGAGGAAAUUCUGAAAAUCAGACUGAAGGACGCGUUACUGCACACUAGAGAACUAAGAAGAUACGGGCCUAAACUCGACAGGAUCACAAGAAAAGAUAGCUACAGCGACGACGAGGCGAUGCUGAAGUCGAAAAUAUACAAAGCGUUCGGCUUCAAUCAUGACAUCGGUGAACACCCUGUAGCAGUCAGGACAAAUACCGCUUGAUAUAGACAUAUAUACAGACGAUUAUAUAAUCUAUGUCUCUGACGUUGCGAUUAUUCGGUGUAGCUUUGGACGAGGACAUGGCUCUCGUUUUAAGAAUGACUAUUUGUAACUAUAACCUCAUUGUAAGUUUUAUUUUAAUUUUAAAACCACAGAAUCCUGUUCGUGAAUGUGUCACCAGAAACUGAAUAAAGGAUUCCUAAACUUUUAUACACGAGUAGAAAAAAUAAUAAUUAAUAAAUUACACUUAAUUUACGCUAAGGUUCUUCGAGUACUGGGCGUUUCUUUAUUAUUUUGUUAGUACAUUAUCUCGGCGUUUCGAUUACGUUACAGCAGCCGUGAUCACCAAGAAACUUUGUAUCAUUUAGUUCAGUGCACGCGAAAAUCUUAAUAUCAUUAAAUAAGUUACCUUCUCAUAAGA